AUGGUGUUUUUCCGCUUCCGUCUCUCGCGCUUGAGGUACAGGAUCUCGCACAGGCGGGAGGAGAACCUCGCCGCGACGAGUGCUGGAAGUGACUCAUCACGUCGAAGCCUGCCACCGUUCCACGUUUAUCUCUGCGCGCGUCCGGACGAACCGGGUCGAAGUUUACGAUCAGGAACGCCGCCUACGGUCGCCGCCGCCGCCACCACCGCCGCCGCUAUCGCUCCCGCUCCUGCUCCCCCGCCUUACGUUGAUCAUCAUCAGGCGGCGACGCGAUAUCGUAGUCUGGAGUCACUGAGGAGCGAGCAGGGCGUCGGUGGGUCGUUGUUGGAUGCGUACUACAUGAGUCUGGUGGGGAGGAACGCGCGGUUGCUGGCGCAGCAGAAGGCGCAGCUUAGGCGGCUCAAGGAAGAGCGGCGUCGGGGCUACUGCAACGUUAUUAUUCCCCGAGCGCAGGUUCCUGUCGGGGCAACGGGCGUCAGCGGGAUGGAGUUGGAGGCCCGAGUGCAGAAGCUUGAAGGGGAUAAAAAUGCUUUGCAGUUUCAAGUGACCUUAUUGCAAGACCAACUCCAGAACCAGCAGCACAAAAUUUUAGACCUGGAAAGGGCAUUAGAAACUAAGCGAGCACAGCUGGCGGAGACAGAAGAAGCGCUCAAGAGGGAGUUAAAUCAGCGCUCAAGUUUGGAAGCUCACAAAUUGGACCUCAUGACCGAAAUAGGGAAUUUACAUCUGAAGCAGUCCAAACUAGAAAGGGAGAACAUGGAUUUGCGAGAACAGCUAAGGGUAGCGGAGAUAACUUCGUUGGAGUUUUCUAUUCCCCCUCGAGGAAGACCCGGUAAACCGGGCUCAAAUACCAGUGAAGGCGAUCGUGAUUAUGGAUUGGGUUUAGGAAACAUUUCAACGGAACCCACUCAUAAUCGACCACCGUCAGGAAGUUCAGCCAUUGUGCCAACGAGCUCAUCGGGGUCGGGUACGGCGAAUGUAGCACGGGUAUACAAAGCGGAUCAGUAUCAGUUCCUGUCUCUCCCGCGCCCCGGAAAAGAUGUGGGCUCCAAAACCACGGAUGACUUGGAUGCAAUAUGGGUAGGCAGUGCCGUGAGACCUCCGUCUGGGCAGCAACAGCAGCAGAGAGCGCCGAAUGCGGUUGCGGAUUGGCCGCCGAAAAAUUUACCCGUCAAAAGACCGACUACUCCGACACUGGACAGAAUGAAGAAAAGCGCCUCGGCAGCAACAGGAAACGGAAAUUCUCAUGAUGAUGCGAGCAAUUCAUCGGACUCUUCCCUGCCGCCGAGAUCGGAAUUUCAGCGUGGUGGCAUCCGUGCUACUGCUGGACCACGCCUGGGUUGGAAUCCAAACUCCCGUGGGACUUUGGAAUCUUUGAAACCAGGCGUUCCAGAGAAGCCAUCAAGAUGGACCUCUGAGCAGAUUUGUACUUGGCUAGGAGAAUUGGGCUUGGGAACUUACGCUCCAGCUGCGCGAUCUUUCUUGCAGUCAGGAGAAGCCAUGCUUUCAGCCACGCCAGGUGAUUUGGAGAAGCAUCUUGGAGUAAAGAAUGCUUUGCAUCGAAAAAAAAUCCUGCUUGCUCGUGAUCGCCUGCGGCGUUUACAAAGCGGGAGCAAAUCGUCCCCAGAAGAAGACUGCGAUGUUUUGAAGUUGGACAACGCGGGUGUUCUGAGGUGGUUGAAUGACGUGGGAUUGCCUCAAUAUCGAGAGAGCUUCACUGACUGCAGAGUUGAUGGAGCAGUAUUGGACAAGAUAACAGUGGAUGAAGCUACGCAGUGGCUGAAAAUCACUAAUUUCCUGCACUUUCUUGGACUUCGUAGCGGCAUUCGGGUCCUACGAGAGAUUCACUAUGAUUUGACGCAAUUAACAAGAACGGUUUAUGAAGACGGAGAAACUGACAAAAAUCCCCCGCAUCAAUCCACGCCUGUGACAAGUGUGAAGUCGUUGGCAAAGUGGUCCAACAGCAGAAUCAUCGAAUGGCUUCGUUGCAUUGACCUUGCCGAGUUCGCGGACAAUUUGAAGGGAAGUGGAGUGCAUGGUGGAGUCUUCGUUUAUGAAGAUCGGUUCAACGCGGAGACACUCGCUGCGGUCCUUGCCAUUCCUGUUUCGAAAACUCUACUGAGACGGCAUUUAUCGCUGCAAUUUGCUUCGCUCGUUGGGAAGAACGUUUUGCAAGCGAAGAGGGAAGCCGAAAGUAGUCGACAUAGUUCUGCGGGUGUUGCCUUGUCACCGUCUGUUAAAAUUCGGGUGUACAAGUCGCAGUUCGGCUUGAUCAAGAAGAAAUGUAAAUUCGGCGAAUUCGAACCAAACGAUUCCGUUUGCCCGCCGUCUACGGACGGAGCAACAGAGAACACGGACCCGCCCGUUGGAAUAUCCAGUGGUUUUACCACGAACAAUGCAGACGUACCAGAGACGGCGAUUGAGUAAUUACUGUAUUCGUUUGUUUUAUUUAUUUUUGCGAUAAGUUCCAGUCGCGCGCGGAGUUAGCUUCAGUUCUUGAAAGUCGGAUUUUUCAGUGUGGAUUGCGUUGUUCAUCGCGUUGACUCAAGUUCAUUGUCAAAAUGAGGCCUUAUGUCUUCCGGAAACUGAAGGAUGUUGCGUGCUGCCGAUGCAGUGUCGAGUUUAUUUUUUACUGAAAUCCGAGCGAUGUUGGUGAGUCUUCCACAAAGCGACUUGUGUCAAUCGGACUGAGAAAUUUGUGAUCUAUUUCGUCGUUUGUUCGUUUGAGGUGGCGUAUCAUCUUUCUUCUGUGCUUCAUUUGAGCUUGCUCAGUUUUGAGACGCUCUUUUUGUACAACAGGAUACGGUUAAGCGAAUAAAACGGUAAUUAUGUAAAGAAAUACAGUUGUUGGGAAUGUUG